AUGAACAGAAUUCCCGUUUGCGAGGUGAUCUACCAGCGUCCGUUGGCCGACAACGAUGUGUCGCCGUCCUCCGUGUUUCGACCGCUGACCGGCGACGAGUGCUCCGCCGUGUUGACAGACGUGCGGCUGCAGGCGCCGUUGACCGACUGCGGCCCGUCCGCGUGGUUUGAUGGGACGGACCGCUCGCUGGUGUUUGUUCUCGGCGAAGCGGACUGCGUGGUGGACAGGGGCUUGGAAUCGGUGGUGGCCGGCAUGCGACCGGGCGAGCUCCGGGAGUUUUGCUUGGGCGAUGGGCGCGAUGGCCGCGUUACCGGCCGCGUCCGGCUGUCGGCCGUGCGGAAGGCUGCUGGCGGGGCCGGCUGGAGCGGUGAUGACAGGCUGAAACUGACGGAGGCGGCCAGGCACAAGGACGUGGGAAACCGUCUGUACGGACAGGGCCGAUUCGCGGACGCGUUUCACCGGUUCAACCGGGCGGCUAGGGCGGUGCUGUUCGUCCGGAAUGUGGACGCUGUCCGCGGCGACCGGGACGCCAUGUACGCGGUCGUGUGCAACAACAUGGCCGCCUGCCAGCUACGGCUGGCCAACUACGAGCACGCCUACCAGCUGUCCGGCAAGGCGCUGGCCGUCGACCCGAGCAACGUCAAGGCGCUGGUCCGCCGGUGCCAGGCGUCCGCCGAGCUCCGCAUGUUCGACGGCGCCCUGGUCGAUGCUGUCCGUGCCCUGGACAUCGAACCCGGCAACGCGGUGGCCGAACGAUACCGGGACGUGGCCGCGCGCGGUGUGGACGCUCAGAACGCCCGUUACGGCGACAUGGUCAAGAAGAUGUUUGCCUGA